AUGACGUCACGAACUUUGUUUCGUGGUCCAAGUCUGCAUUUGUCUGUUAUAUCACUACCUCGUUUCUUUCCUUUUGUUUGCGAAUUGAUUUUUUGCAUUAUGAAGUGUUAUAAAACGUAUCUAAUUUUUCUUUCGUGUCUAUCUAUCUCAAUAAGUUCAUAUCUAUCUAUUUCAGUCUGUUUAUAUCUAUUUUCAUAUCAAGCUAUCUAUCGAUCCAUCUCAGCCUGUUCGCAUCUAUCUAUCUAUCUAUCUAUCUAUCUAUCUAUCUAUCUAUCUAUCUCAGUCUGUUCAUAUCUAUCUAUCUAUCUAUCUCAGUCUGCCCAUAUCUAUCUCUAUCUAUCUAUCUAUCUAUCUAUCUAUCUAUCUAUCUAUCUAUCUAUCUAUUUCAGUCUGUUCAUAUCUAUCUAUCUAUCUAUAUCUAUCUAUCUAUCUAUCUAUCUAUCUAUCUAUCUCAAUAAGUUCAUAUCUAUCUAUGUCAGUCUGUUUAUAUCUAUUUUCCUAUCAAGCUAUCUAUCGAUCUAUCUCAGCCUGUUCACAUCUAUCUAUCUAUCUCAGUCUGUUCAUAUCUAUCUAUCUACCUAUCUAACUCAGUCCAUAUCUAUCUAUUUCAGUCUGUUUAUAUGUAUCUAUCUCUGUCUGUUCAUAUCUAUCCAUCUAUCAAUCUUCAUUAUCUCAGUCUUUUCAUAUGUAUCUAUCUAUCUCAUUAUAUUUAUAUUUAUCUAUUGUUACGAAUUUUAUCUCUCAGCGAGAUUCAAAUAUAAAAAAAAAAACUUGCGAAAAUAUUUAAAAAAGUGA